AUGACUAGCCCUCUCACUCUCUGCUGCCUUCUCCUCUCCACUUACACUGUCAGUAUAACAACUGGUUAUUUAACCGUUUCCAUUGAGCCUCUUCCUCAUGUUGUCAUUGGAGACACAGUAACAGUGAAGUGCAACUUCCAAACAGACGGCAACCUCCGAGAGAUUGUAUGGUUUCGGGUGAUAGAAGGAGGCAGCGCCAAGCAGAAGAUUUUCACAUAUGAUGCCAUGUACAAUACCAGUUAUUCCCACAUGGAGGACAACCGCAGACAAGAGGACCUUGUCUAUCAGUCAACUGUUCGGCUUCCUGAGGUCCAGAUGGAGGAUGACGGUCUGUAUGAGUGUCAUGUGGGGAUCUAUGACAAGAACUCCAGAGAAAAAGUGAUUCUUGCCUCUGGAAGCAUCGUUCUCACUGUCAUAGUACCUCCCAAGUCUAUCUCUGUGGUGGCAGCCAACAGCCCAGCUCCUUUCAGUCGCUACGAGGCCCAGAACUUCACUCUGGUUUGCAUUGUUAAGGGGGCAAAGCCAGCUCCCAUGGUUUACUUCAAGCGGGAUGGUGAGCUAAUUGAUGUGGUGCCAACUGCCCAGUCUUCCUCCUCAGGGGGGGACCAAAGCAAGGACCCAAGACAGGAAAAGUUCCAAGGCAGGAGCCCGGCAGGGCUCUGGAGCUCCCAGGUUCUCACAAGUCGAGACAUUGAUGACACCAAAGUCCAAAAAUCCUUGUCCCUGCUGGAAGAAGAGGGGAAACUGGCUCGGCUGGGCCAGGAUGGCCCCAAUGGCCCCAAGCAGGGGCAAGAGCAAGAGUCAAUGUCAGUACCCAAGUCAACCACCGAGGUGAUCCCCGAAACAGUAGUGAGCCGAGAAUUUCCCCGCUGGGUUCAGAGCAGCGACCCACUCUACUACUUCCAGCACUGGCAGCAGGUGGCAGGUGAUGGCACUAUGGAGGUCAGAGCCAUGCUGACCUGGAGCCUUAACCCUCAGCUGGACAACGAGGCUCUGUUCAGCUGUGAGGUCAACCACCCAGCUCUGUCUAUGCCCAUGCAGGCUGAGGUCACGCUGGCUGCUCCCAGAGGACCCAAGCUGACCAUGAGCCCCAGUAAGGCCAAGGUUGGAGACACAGUGCGGAUCACUGUCCAGGGUUUCCAGUUGGGACCUUCAGCAAGUGAGGUCUUCCCUGAGCCCAUGUUCACCUGGACCAAGGUCGGUGGCCAUCUGCUAGAUGGCAGCGAGGAGCACGAGGGAAGGGAACUCGUCCUGGAUAGAGUUCCUGCUGAGCUCAACGGUUCCAUGUUCCGCUGCACAGCCCAGAAUCCUCUGGGAUCCACAGACACCCACACCCGCCUCAUUGUGUUUGACAACCCAAGACUAAGGAAAGGAAGAGAACAUUUUAUUGCCAUUGAUGCAGCAGUCAGCCAGCGCUCCCUCACACUGACCUCCUUGUUGCUGCUCCUGAGCUUUACAUGUGAGCUGACGUGAUCUGAGCCUCUGCUGCUCAUCCACACGCCACCACCCACGUUUUCCUGUGGCACCUGCUCUUCAAUGAUUCCCUGGCAGUAGCAAAAUGUCCAUUCAGCUGGUAGCAGCAACACUCAGCGCUACUGGAACAUGAAAGGUGCAGCUGGUCUUAACCCUUAAAGAGAGGACAAAUUCUGAUCCAGUGUGGGAGCAAAGGUCCAGAUGCUGCACAAAAUACUGCUCUACUAUGAGCAAAUUAGCUGAUUGGUUACUUGACUCUGACUGACUAUGACAAAGUAGCAGGCUCUAAAUGCAUCAUACUGGGAUAAAUCUUGGAUGAAUGUCUGCAGGCUUCACACGAGAUUCUAGAGAAUAAUGGCACUGGAGAAUCGUAGUCCUGGUAGGCUAUAGGCUGGCCAAUCAGCAUAACCAGUUCUCAUACUGACAAAGACUUGAUUAGACACUUUUUCAUAACCAGUGCUCCCGUUAUGAGACAUUGCAAAAAGUACAUUUAUAAGAAUAAACGCAAAGAGGUGAAUUUCUGACGGGCAGUCAAACCCAUGUAAAAGUGAAUGAUGGGCCCAUAGCCAUCCAUAACUGAUACUCUGGCAAAAAUGUUGCAUAACCAUAAAGUAUCAUUUGGUAAAUGUCAUUAUUCUCUUGGAUCGGUUAUUUGUGUUUUCAGAAAAUAAGAAAUUUAAAGUACAUUAGUUUUAUUUCAUUGUCCAAAACAGCUGUUCACACCUACAUGUGAUGGAGUUGGUUUGUUUGGAUCCUGUCUCUGCUCCCGUCUUUGCUUGAAUCUCUGGAGACCAAAUUAAAAACUUUGACUAAAAUAAGAAAAAAAAAUGCUUUUCCUCGUUAAUUUCUUCAUGGGAUAAAUCAUAGUAAUGUCUACAGAUACUCAAGCAGGAUCACUCCAACCCUUUGUUACUGCUGGACUCUGAGCUUUGUGCUGAUUACGACAAGUGUGUCCUUCUUUAAAUAAUAGAGCUCUC